AGAACGGCCCGGCUCGGCCCGCGCUUUGAGCGCGCUUGCGCGGAGGUGCCAUUCGGCCAAGCCAUGGGAAGGCGGGGGCAGAUCUCCAUUGACCGCAUCGUGGCGCUGCGGUCCUCGGUGCUGCCGAUCUACGUCAUCGUCAGGCCAGAAGGAGUCACUACAGCAGAUGAGGUGUCAGAAGAUGGGAACGACUUUCUCACCACCAGGAUGUUCGGCGACCAGAUUGCCUUUCAGUCGAUCCGCGGCGACUACCUCAGUGCCGAGGGCGGCGAGAUCUGCACGCGGCGCUAUUGUAGCAACAACGAGCGCUUCACGGUGGAGAAGCAGGACACGCAGUACGCCUUUCGGUCCCACUGCGGCCGGUACCUGGGCGUCAGCGACCGGCCGCCCUACGUGACCCUGGCGCCCACCCUGGGGGAGACGGAGGCCUUUCAGCUUUUCUCGCUGAUGAUGUGCGGCGUCAACGUUGGGCAGCAGCUGGAGAUGCUGGACAGGCAGGGCUGUAUCAUGGUGGACCACCUCCUAGACACCGAGGAGCUCGAGGCCUUGAGGCAACACAUCCAGGAGGGAGAUCACCCUCGGGGCCACGAGCUGAGAGUGCGGGACCUGGCGCACCGAUCCCCAGGCCUGGCAAGCCUUGCGGCCCACCCGCUGGUCAUGCAGCUGGCAAGGCGGCUGCUUUCCCCGAGCCUCCAGCUCUCUGAGAUGGAGAGCUGCCGCACAGACGUGGACUUUGUGCGAAAGGAGUUGGAGGAGACUACGUGGCAUGUGGUGCAUCCCUACUCUGGAGCCGAGUUUCCGGGAGUUGUGGACCCACGCAUCAACAUCACCGUCACAUGGUUCCUGGACAAGCUGGACAGCGACAAUUCCACCUGGGCUUUUAUCAAGGCGCCGGAGGCGGGGAAGCUGCCGCAGCUGCCGCAGCUCUCGGCGCCGGAGGAGCUGCAGGCGGUGGCGCAGAAUGCCCAGCCGCUGCUGGCCAAAGCGGGCUCCGCCUGGAUUUGCAUUGGUCCAUACUGGAUGUCCAACAAUGUGGGCGCCGCCUCCUUUUGGAAGGACUACGACGCGCAGACGCGGUACAAGCACCUCAGUGGCCAGAAGGAGCAGACCUUCCGCGCCCUGACGGACGCGCAGCGUGGCGCGCCCGUGCGGGAAGAGCUCUGCCCCACUGUGCUGCAGGCCACCUAUGUCCGGGAGCACGUGGCCACCCUCUGCAGAGCUCCACCGUUCGAGGUGCUGGAAGCGCUGGGGGAGCCGGGCAGGCACCUGGCGGAACUGAUGCGGCCAUGAGAAGAUUACAACGGGCGCAAUUUUACCAAGCCCACCUGAUGUGCCGGCGCUGAAGCGCCCGAGGCGCGGGCGGAAAGAAUCUCACCGAGCGGCGCAAGAUGCGCGGCUUCAGGAUCGGCUUCGCGCGGGGGGAAUUGGAC